UCUUCUUUCCCAAUCGUUUUUGCCCUGACAUAAAAGUGGGAUUGGAAAAGGAAGAUCUAGUGAGGAGCUAACGGGCCCACAGGCAGACUCUGGGAAGGUCUUGUAGAAAGUGGGGCCUUCUCAAUGGCUGAUCUAAGUCCUUUCAGCGUGCUGGUGACAGGUAGCAACCGUGGCCUGGGACUGGAGUUUGUCAGGCAGCUGCUGGAGCUGCCCAAGCCUCCCCAGCUAUUGUUUGCGACCUGCAGGAAUCCCUCCGCAGCUCAGGCACUUCACGAGCUCUCGGCUCAGCACUCCAGCGUCCGGAUCCUCCAGUUGGAUGUGGAGAAUAGUGCUUCCAUCCAAGAGGCCUUUGUCUCUGUCAAGGACCAACUGGAGGGCUUGGGGCUAAACCUACUCAUCAACAAUGCAGGAAGGGUCAUUCCCAACUCAUUCCACUCUGAGUCAGCAGAAUCCAUGCUCCAGCUGUACCAGACUCAUGUUGUUGGUAGCUUGAAGAUGAGCCAGACAUUCCUGCCCUUGUUGAAGAAAGCUGCCCAAAUGGGCCCUCAGGAUAGUCUCAGUUGUAACCGGGCGGCUAUCAUCAACAUUUCUUCUACUGGGGGCUCCUUCACAGAACUUCUGGGCUGGGAAAUUGGUCCCGGUUUGUCCUAUCGCUGCAGUAAGGCUGCCCUGAACAUGCUCACCCGGUGCCAGGGUCUGAUCCUUAAAGAAGAAGGCAUCCUGUGUGCUGCUAUUCACCCUGGCUGGGUUCAGACAGAUUUGGGCAAUUGUAGGGGCUUUCUGGCUCCUAUGAAGAAAGAAGAAUCUGUGCAAGGAAUGCUGAAGGUCUUUUCUACACUUUCAGAGAAGAAUGCGGGAUAUUUCUUUGAUUGGGAAGGAAAGGAAUUGUGUUGGUGAAGUUACAUCAAGCUGGGAUGUGGUGAUGGAGGUCUGACUGCAGUUAUCUUUCCUGCAUCUCCAUCAGCAGCCCAGUAUCAGCUUCCUCAUCUUGUUUGUCCUCUUCCUUCAGUUCCUGUUUCCAAUAAACUCAUUUUCUCAUAUUGC